AUGUCGUGCAUUGGGGAGCGGGAUGCAAAAGAGCUGGAUGCCAAAGAGCUGGAUGCCAAAGAGCAGAACGACCAAGAGCCGAACUGGCAAAAGCAGGACGACCAAGAGCUAGUGUCAAAAGCUGAAAACUUGCCAUACUGCGAUUCCCAUCAUGCUAAAGUUCAUCACAUCAAAGAGCCCGACGCCCAAGAUCGGGAUACUGAAGAGCUGGACGCCCAAGACCGGGAUACGCAAGAAAUGGACGCCCAAGAGCGGAGUACUCAACACGACCAAACCCAAAAGCGGCCAUGCUUGGAUCCUAGAGACCGAAGGAGUGACGCCGAAGAGCGGGAGGUCCAACAGGUGGAACACGGGAAGCCACGUUUCCAACAGCGAGAGGCGAUAAUAUCGAAGAGGAAGCGGGCGGUCCGAAAAUGUGAGCGGGACGCCCAACCGGGGAAGCGGAAGCGGGAUUGUGACCAACAGUUGGAGAGGGAUGUCCAACCGCCGGAGCGGGAGCUCCAGGUCCAACAGCGCGAGUGGGAGCUGAAGGUCCAAAAGCGGGAGUGGGAGCUGAAGGUCCAAAAGCGGGAGUUGGAGCUGCAGGUCCAACAGCGGGAUCGGGAGCUCCGUGUCCAACAGCGGGAACUGCACGUCCAACGUCGGGAAUGGGAGCUGCAAGUCCAACAGCUGGAGUCGCAGAUGAAGGCCCAACAGCGGGAUUGGGAGCUGCAGGUCGUUCAGCAUGAGCAGGCGGUUCACCAGCGUGAGCGGGCGGUCAGCAGCGUGAGUUCAGCAGCCAUAAGCAGCGUUAGUCGGACGUCCAAAAACCGGAGUUCCAAAAGUGGAGCGGAAGGUCCGACAAAUGGACGUCCCAAAAAGGAGACUAGGAAGUAG